ACCAGCUGCCUCAUUAAGUCCGCGAUAUCGAACGAAAUCAUACAUUUUUUGUGUAUCUUGAAAUAUCUGUGAUUUUCAUAUUUAUAACUAUUGCUGAACUUUUAAAAUAGCGGCUCUAAAGUGUGACUGAUUGUGACGAUCGUAUUAUUUUGUUUUGUUCAACAUUAUUGUUGUUUAAUAUUUCUGUGAGCUCUGCCAAAAUGAGUUACCCAGCAAACCCACCUCCGUACUCGGCCACGGAACCAGUCCAAGUGAUUCAGCUUCAGCCCAUAGCAGUGCGCCCUGAUCUGGGAUCCACGACGGUCAUAGUAGGCCAACCACCCCUAGAUUCUGUACCUUCUUUAGUGGUCUGCAGAUCUUGUCAUUACCAAGUAUUGACCACUGCGAGAGCCAGGCCGACGUCUCAGACACAUCUUUGGGCACUCUGCCUUCUUGUUUUUGGUUGCUGGCCUUGCAUAUGGAUACCUUACUGCACACCGUCCUGCAUGAGAGUCGACCACUACUGUCCGAACUGCAACGCGUACCUCGGCAAAUACCCUAACUAAAACAAGAGCUUAUUUUUCAAUAGAUGUUUCUAUGGAAAUCUUAGGAUUAUUACCAUAAUAUCAUGUGAUAUUACACAACUUAAGGAAAGUACAAAAAUUUUCUUCACUUUACCCAAUUGUCAUUCUUGCGUAUAAAUGAGUAUUCGCACAAUCCAGACUAAACAGUAGGCCGAUAGUUAAUCCAAUAGUUGGAAAAAAAACUUGGAAUCAAUCACAGUUUUUCAUUGGACUGAUACUUACUGGCCAAAACCUGACCUAUUUAUUGUGCAUCCUAAAAUUCAUCUUUAUGAUUUAUAAGCUUAAACAAUCGGCCGACUAAAAGUUUGUAGUGUGCUUUUGCAUAUCUCGCUAUGUAAAAAUGCUGCAUGAUUGAGCUAAUAUGAAGUGCCUUAGCUGGUCCAUUCUCAAACGUGUGUAACAGUUUGCAUUUGCAUUCACUUUGUUGAAUAUUGAACUUUAUAUUGAUAAGCAUAAGGCACAGAUUACCAAAGCAAGAUAGGUUACAGUGGCUGCACGAUUCUAAGUGGGCCGUUUUUGUUAAGAAGGGGAUAAAUCUAAAAGCCUUUUUUCAGGUGUUUUUUUAUCAAACAUGUGAUACUAUCUUAUCGAUAAUUACUUACGUUGGUAUUGAUAGUUGUGUAUAACAAAGAAAAUAUGUAUUUUUAAUUACAUUAAAAUAUUCUGUCUCUAUAAAUAGCGUAAUCUUAAUGAUCUUAAGAUAAAUACAAUGUAUAAAAUGUAAAUAAAUUAAUGUAUGAAAUAUUGUCAAAAAAUUAUCCACAUAUUUUAAGUAGGUUACUAUGUUUGCAAAAAAUAGUAGUUUCAAUUGAACAAUGAACAUAUAUAUACAAGUUCUCUUACUAUUUAAAUAAAUAUUUCACUUUUAAUUCAAGUUAAUGUUUGACGUUUUGACAGCUUUGAUAUGGAAGUAUGUCAUUCCUCAGUUAGAAGUUUACUGAUGGUAGCAAACUGUGAUUUCAUGUAACAAUAUCGAAAUAUUGUGCAAUCUAGUUUGAAAUGUAAUACGAUAACGCUAUAGAUAAAACUUUAAUUUGUGUACAUACAAUAUUUUGUCUACUCAUUUUCCUUCAAUUUAUUGCUUUUGGGAAUUUUAUGAAAAUUCUUAGUAUCUAAUGUAUAGAUUUGGCGACUACUUAAAGAUAAGUAGUUUAUUCACUGUACAUUGUUCGUACCAUGGAAUUGUAAUACGCAGGAAAAUAAAUGGAUAAUUUUCUAUUUAUUGAUUAUAUUUCUAACACGAAAUUAUUUAUAGUACCUAUUUUUUGUAAGUAAACAGGAAAACUAGUUUACCAAACAAUCCUGGACUUCAAAAAGUUUACUUAAAGAAGAAAAUAAUUACUUGAUUAUUAUUCAUGUACCUAUUUAUUUAUAUAGUUUUAAACGUUUUUGUACAUAGUAUUAAUGGUUAAAAGGUGGAAAGGGACAUAAAGAUACAUAGUAUUUACCAAGGCUCUCUGCUUUUAUUUAUUUUUUUGUAAAUAAGAAAAUAAAUUAGUAUCAGUAAACGUUUUUAAUUAA